AAGUUUCUUAACUGCCUGGAUGGAUCUGUAACUUCCUGCUUCUGGCUAACACAGGAACCAGCUGGAGGAGUGGUUUUUAAAAAAGGCUUCUGGCUUAACUUGGGAGGGGGGGGGAGUGAGUGAUGGGUUCUUUUGUGUAGGCUAAGCGGGGAAAAAAAAACAGAUGUGGACCUAUAACUCCCCCAAAAUGCCUUAAAUUAAAACCAGAGCUGCCUGGGUCUCCGGUAGGCUUCUUGGCAGAUGCCAGGUGGUGCCUAGAGGAAAAAGGAGUUUAAAGAAAACAGGCACAUGGUUAUGAGCUUCCGCGUCUCGGAGCUGCAGGUGCUUCUGGGCUUCGCCGGGCGCAACAAGAGCGGGCGUAAACACGAGCUGCUCACCAAGGCGCUGCAGUUGCUGAAGUCGGGCUGCAGCUCCGCCGUCCAGAUGAAAAUCAAGGAGCUUUACCGGAGGCGUUUCCCCCGCAAGAUCCUCACCCCUUCGGACUUGUCCAUGCUCCACCUCCAAGCUGGGCAGUUGCCCUCGGCCACGGCGUUGACUCAAGGCGCCAUAUGCCACAUGCCUUAUGACAAUGGAGGGGUGGCGUCCGGAGUGCCGGCCGGCAUGUUGCCUCCCGUGCCAAUGCUGGGGUCCAAACACGAGGCCGACGUGCCUCACAUCUCGCCCCCCAUCCACCCUGUCCAUCCGGAUGUGAAGAUGCGUCGGCUCCCCUUCUACGACGUUUACGACGAACUCAUCAAACCUACCACUUUGGCUUCGGUGAACAGCCAGAGAUUCGAGGAAGCCCAUUUUACCUUCGCCCUCACUCCUCAACAGGUGCAACAGAUACUCACUUCCAGAGAUAUCUUACCUGGUGCCAAAUGUGAUUAUACCGUACAGGUGCAAUUGAGGUUUUGUUUAUGUGAAACCAGCUGCCCGCAAGAAGAUUACUUCCCUCCCAAUUUGUUCGUGAAAAUCAAUGGGAAGCUUUGCCCGUUGCCCGGUUACCUCCCUCCCACCAAAAACGGCGCGGAACCCAAGCGUCCGAGUCGACCGAUCAACAUCACGCCUUUGGUGCGCCUUUCGGCCACGGUCCCCAACACCAUUGUGGUCAACUGGUCAUCGGAGUUUGGCAGGAAUUACUCCCUCUCUGUUUACCUGGUGAAGCAGCUGACUUCGGUAACGUUGCUGCAGAAGCUGAGGGCCAAGGGCAUCCGGAACCCCGACCACUCCCGAGCCCUGAUCAAAGAAAAGCUGACAGCCGAUCCUGACAGUGAAAUUGCCACCACCAGUUUGCGAGUGUCGCUCAUGUGUCCGCUGGGCAAGAUGCGGCUGAUCGUUCCCUGUCGUGCCUUUACCUGCACCCACCUGCAGUGCUUCGACGCCGCCCUGUACCUGCAGAUGAACGAGAAGAAGUCCACCUGGACGUGCCCCGUCUGCGACAAGAAAGCUCCUUACGAAGGCUUGAUCAUUGAUGGGCUGUUCAUGGAGAUCCUGAACUCCGUUACGGACUGCGAUGAGAUCCAGUUCAUGGAAGACGGUUCCUGGUGCCCCAUGAAGCCCAAGAAGGAGAACCAGGAGGUUUGCCAGACGUCUUCUUACAAUGGACUGGAAGCCUCCCUGUACACAGUAAGUUCGGAUGGAAAGCAGCUGCCCGAAAACAAGAAGAAGGUGGAGGUGAUCGACCUGACUUUGGACAGCUCUUCAGACGAAGAGGAACCCCCUGCCAAGAAAGUCUGUCCUGUCGCCAUUGCUGCCAUCCCGUCAUCCGCCGGACCAAAAGGGGUUUUAAACACAGACCACCAGCCUUCCUCGGUGCUGCGGAGUCCUCCAAUGGCUGCGGUGGGCAGCGAUUACCUCUCCAGCCUCCCGCUGUCCGACUACCACCCUUCUUAUUCGGUCCCUUCGGACAUCCAAGGUCUGGAUUUGUUCUCCUUCCUUCAGAGUGAAAAUCCGCAUUACAGCCCUUCCGUCAUCACCUCCCUGGACGAGCAGGACUCCCUGAGCCACUUUUUCCAGUAUCGGGGGCCCUCCCCGCAUUUCAUGAGCCCCCUGGCUCCGAUCGUGGUGGGAUCCCACAGCGGGGUCGGCUCCCCCACCGGCAGCCGCAUGAACAGCGUGGUCUCUUCGCCCACGGCCAGCUUGCGGGAGGGCCACGGCGCCAUGGGAAGCAGCCCAGCUCUGCCAGGAUGUCGGCCGGACAUCAUCUCUCUGGACUAAAGAUGGAGACGCCCUUUUGGGGGGACGGGACUCCAUUCCUCUCUGGAGGAAGGCAGAAAUUUUCGGCAACGUGUCGGCAGCUGAGAAGACAGACACAUGGCAGAGUGUUUUUACUUGGUGUGCGCCGCUGUCUUACCGAAAAUCAUGGCAUUUUUUUAAAAAGAUGAGAAACUCUCCCGGGAGCCAAGCUUUCGGUCCGUGGAGCUUGCGGAGGGGAUCAGUCUCGGAAUCAGAAGAAUCACAGCUAAAUUUUGCUCACGGGAUCCUUAAGCCAGCAAAAGGGGGCAUUCGAUGACCUACUCUGAUCGGUCCCAAAUUACAGAGAAAAUCCCGGACUUUUUUUUCUUAGUGAUGGAAACCCAGGUUAAGGGGGGGCUGGAUUGGAUGAUCUCGGAGUGCACAGAAAGAAGGGAUCCUCGGAGGGGCAUUUGAAAUUCCAGCGUGGCUUGAACUCCGAACAGAUUGUCCGGACUACACAGGGGUUCAAACUUGGCACAAGAUUCGCUGGAUCAAGAGCAGUGGUGAAAUGAAAAAUCUUUUCCUACCGGUUCUGUGGCUGUGGCUUCGUGGGCGUGGCUUGGUGUGUGUGGGGGUCAUGUGACUGGGUGGGCGUGGCCAUUAAAAAAAAAACACUUUUUAAAGCAUUUUUUACUACUGGUUCCGGUGAAUAGGUAGUAAAAAAAAUGCUUUAAAAAAGUUAAAAAAAAUAGUCCGACGAUUGUGCGGCACAGCUGUGAAGCUUUUUUUUUUUACUUUUUAAAGCAUUUUUUUACUACAGGUUUCGCCCGAACCGGUAGCAUUUCACCCCUGCUCGAGAGCCUUCUGACCAACUCCAGAGGCCGCUUUUCAGCUCCGAGGUUUGAAGGUUCAAAUGUUUUGAAUCGAGAACUUCUUUCAGGACCACAGAAAUCAAAAUUUCUUUUUUUAAGGAUCCCAGCUAAGCCAAUUGUGACCCAUAUGAAUAUCUGCAGGUUUUUAUGAUAUUUCAGAGCUCGGCUGUGGGAAAGGAGCACCCCACGUACCUUUGGAAGCUCUGGGCCAAUGUUUUUUUUUUUUUCCCUUAUCCCUAAACGUGUACAGUAGUGGCCAAAAUUGUGGAAACCUUUUGGGAAAAGUGUCUUUUUGAGGUUUGAUGGCUAAUAACACC